AUGAGGUUGACGGCUUAUCCGAACUCUUCGACUCUUAUCGUUCCUCCGGACCUUAAAAUUCCCAGCAGAUCACUCUCUCUGAUGGUUCCGAAAUUCGAGAAUGGGACAGCUCCAGCCAAGAGAACAGCAAUGAGCAUUAGUAGGAGUAGGAGCAGAACCCCUCUAAUGGCAAUGGGAUUCAGUACUAAUGAAUGUACCUUCCAACUCUCCUCGGCUGACCCCUGCCUUGAUAUAUUUUUCAACAUCGUCGAACCAGCCGACUAUGUAAACUACGGGCACUACGUGUUUGCAACUGGAUCGAUCAAAAGGCAUCCACCAGCCGUAAAGGCGGAGGUGGAGGCCUCCUGUGAAUAUCUCAGGCAACUGCUGCCGCUGGCAUGGUCCGACAAUCCCCUGACCACCCUCAAACUCAUAUGUUACCUAAAUGACUUUAAUGGAAAAUCCUAUGAACAAGCGUUCUACACGGCCGCGGUUUGGCUCCACCAAAACCACCCCAAGACCCUGUUGUGCAACGUUGCGUCUUUUGGGAAUAUGUGCUUGCAUAGCCUUGCAGAGAUUCUGCACCGCCUCCUACAAGGCCAAGACGGUAGAUGGGGGAGAGUACAGCCCCUCGGGAAACUGACCAAGAAGGCUGUAGAGAUGUACGAGGGUGACCCGGAUUAUAAGUUGUUACAUGACCAUGUUACCGAUGUUUUUGUGAAGCGCUUGGAGUCAGAUAUUCAAAAAUUGAAGGGACAAUUCAAGCAUGAUUACCUUAAAUAUUAUGUGCGUGAAGACAUCGAUGAUGAUAGUGAUGGUGAUGAUGAUCAGAAGUAUGCCGAGGUAACCCAUGCUGCAGACUGCUUCCUUUCCGGAAACCAUGAUGAAUCCCGUGCUCCACGGGCCACUUUGCUGUGGGAAAGCGUUGCGCGGAAGGUUUUCCCACCAGCAUCAUAUGCGGAGGAAUACAAGGAAGACUACGAGAGCAGAGUUGUAGACUGGCUGAGGAAAGAGGUUUUGGCUCCCUUAUACAAGUACUCCUGUAGUGGCUACAACGGCUGGAAGAGCUGGGAGGUUAAGGAGGAGAAAGGACAAGUUUCGUUCAAGGAUAUUUGGGACAGGGAAAAAGGUUGGAAAGUUGACCGGCAGAACCAUGUCAUGGAAGCAGCCAUCUCCGGCAAAGAGUAUCAAAGUCUCGUUGUUGUGGACUGA